AUGACGAUCGUAACGAAAAUGAAGCAGUUCUUCAGCUAGUUAAAGUGUAUUGGAUUAAAAGUACCGAGAGAGUCUGACAUAGAUAACGAUCUGGAAACUGGUUAUCCUGGUGACCUGGAGGCUUCUAGUGAUUUUGAGCACCUACAAGCUCGCCGUCGGUGGUCACGAAUUCUGGUUCCAUCGGAGACUAAAGGGUCGAAUUAUUACGGAGGGACAGUACUGAUGCUGCUGGUUAGUCAGAGGAAAAGUGAUCUUCAAAUCUGCGGCCUGCUCUGUUGUCAUAGUAAGUAG